CGGAAAAGAGAAGCAGAAAUCAUACACAGAUUGAUAGGGGAUGGAUCUUAACGGUGCUGUUAAUCCUCAGAAUCAACCAGACCCAAGGCAAGCGGGUCACAAUUUUCGUGGGGCAAUAUUGCACCAUUGUAUUUUUUUACCAGUCAUGGCCAUUUUAGGCUGGCUAGUCCAACUGAAGUACACAUCUGCGACUGCAUCUCCAUUCGUCACCGACUAUGUUACCAUUCGGAUGUUUAUAGUCGCUUUCUUGGUUUACUUUGGGUUCUUGACUGUGGAGAUAUUAUUAGCCCAUGCUCCCAAUUCAGAUUUGGGGGAAUUCAUCAAGAACAUUAUCUUCUUGUUCGGAACGCUUGCCUCGUUCUUGCUUCUGCUUAUCCUCGUUCGAGAUUUCGGGUUGUUUGCCCUCGUCUUGUGGACGAUUUAUCUUGUGAGGGAUGUUGCAACUAAGAAGUCGUACAGAAAUGCAGUUUGUGAUGUCUUCAACAAAGUAAGAGAGAUGAUUAACGGUCACUUGGUGGAGAUUAAUGGUGUACAAUUCCAACCCCCACCACAUAUCGUUGUACAAAUCCAAGAUGCGGGAGAACCGAAUGUUCUUUGA